CAACCGAGGUUAUUGAUUGGAACCCGCUGAUCGGAAAUCAGUAUGCACCUUCACGCUUAAAGUAGACCGAAGCGCAGGGAAAACGACAAAACCGACCCGAAGUCAGUCCAGUUGUCCGAUAACACUGUUGACUGCUGUUGUCACGGGAUGCUCUUCAUCCACAGAGGUCGUAAAGUAAACAGAGUGGCUGGAGUAGCAAGCACCGAAAGGAAGGAAAAAAUACUUUAACGAAACAAUUCAGUCGGGUGAAAAAAAACGGUUCGGUACACUCGACGGAAUACAGAGGGGCGUCUAAUAGAACAAGCAAGGCCAGGAAGAUUCCAAAACGAGCUGUCAGCUGCCAAAGAACAUGCACCAUAUCUCUUCAGACACGAUGGAGACGCUGUGUUUCCGCUUGCCCGGCCAUGGAGACAUGACCCUCAAUCACAUCAAUUCUUUGCGAUCUCGCCAUCAUUUUUGUGAUGUCACCAUUUUGACCAGCAACAACCAAACAUUCCGGGGACACAAGGUAGUGCUUGCUGCUUGCUCACCCUUCUUGAGAGACCAGUUCCUCCUCAACCCUUCCUCUAAGCUUCAGGUUUCAAUGCUGCACAGCUCUUCUGUCAUGUGCGAUCUGCUCCAGUCCUGCUACACCGGUGUUCUACAGUUUAAACCAGAGGACAUAGUCAACUACUUGACUGCCGCGAGUUACCUGCAGAUGGAAUGUAUUGUAGAGCGCUGCAGGAAUGCUCUGAAGAAGUACAUGCAGUUGAAAAGCCCCAAUCCACUGAAUAUAACGAAAGAGGAGAGAGUGCCUCAGCCCGUGAUUGUUAGUGGCAGCAUUCAUUCCAUCGCAUCGCCCUCAGGCGGUCGACCUUCCCCCGUGCAUAGCCCAGAAAUUCACUUAGUGGAGGAGAACAGCACACAGGACAGCAGUCAGCGCAACGAUAGCAGUCUUUUGGUGGAAAAAACAUGCGUUCAGGAUAAUGCAUCAGACCAUGGAGGAGAUACGUUCCAAGUUUACAUCUCUGACGAAGAGCAAAACACUGUCAAAGUAGAAGAUUCCAGAGCUCCCGCUGAUGAACAUAAUGGUGCUCGUUCCCCUGCGGCAGACGGGGGGGUGGGAGAAGAAUGUGGCGAAUAUGACUUGAUUCCAACUGCCCAAGUCCCUGGCACGGAUGGCUUCUCAAGGGAAGGACUGCGAUCUUUCAGACACAGGUUAUCCGAACCUGGCUGGGGCCGAGGGAGAGCAAUGGGAAGGGGUUUCAAGAGGAGGCGGUGGGUGUCAUCUCAGGAGAAAAAAUCCCCUCGAUCAGCCUCCCAAGAUUUGUGGUAUCUUGCCGGGACACCUGGCGGCUUUGCGAUGGACUUCAGCGAAGGGUUCAAGCCGGGAAGUUUUUUCUCAGUCGACCUCCCGCGAUUGGAUUUGAGUUUAGAUGACGCUCAGGGGGACAAGUCUUUGCCACCGGCCGCCCGUAGUUUGACACAUUUUGCAGUGGACGAGUCUGGCAACUCUGGCGAGGGGAGUUGCGGGUUGAAUGCCGGUACGAGCGAGGCGGGGGACGAGUCUGUCGCCGUGGUGGGCUCCACAUCUAGCGUAACCGGGCCGGUCAUCUGCGAGCACUGCGGCGUGACGUGCCCCUCGACUCACGCUUUGGCCAUGCACUACUGCUCCGCUCACCAGGUUUACUCCUGCCCCUUCUGCGACAAGCAGUUCCAGCACUCAUACAACCUGAACCGACACAUGGCCUUGCACCGGGGCAACGGCAAACCCCACCAGUGCCCCCUGUGUUCCAAGGGCUUCACCCAAAGGUCCACGCUCAUCGACCACAUGAACCUGCACAGCGGCGAGCGCCCGCACCGCUGCGCGUACUGCCACGCCCGCUUCGCCCACAAGCCCGCCUUACGGCGCCACCUGAAGGAGCAGCACGGUAAAACCACAGUGCAGAAUUCCAUCCACGAGCAGGAAGAGCGAGAGAGAUCGCUCGGGAGGAUACCAGAAGAAACGCAACAACGUCCGGUCACUGAGCAAGCGUCUUAAAAAAAAAAAAAAGAAAGAAAUGUAAGGCUAAACCAAUUUCAUCAUGUAAAUGUAGUUUAUAUGCAGGGUCUUUGAAAUUGCUGCUUUUAAUGAUGGUAAAUAUUGUAUUUCAUGUAAACGGCAUUCAGAGGAAUCAUUAGGUCCUGCAAACCUGUUCACACCUGCAGUCAUCUCGUUAGCUCUGCGUCCCGCGUCCCAGGCGCAUAAUUUUCCCGCGAGGACGCAGAGUUCCAAAUAAUGUGCGUUUUUGGGACGCAAGGAAAUUUCUAAGUCAAAACAACAACAACAAAAAUGACGGUACAUCUUUUUUUUUUUUCCAGCAAUGCAAUGUCGCAGUUCAAUAAUCGCCACCAUUGUUGUUUUGAUCUCGCGUUAAGCAAUCUCGCUGGGGUUAAACGGUAAAAUUAUCACUGCACCUGUUGUACACUGCCUAUUGCGGGGGCCUUAAAUAGAAGGUUUGUUCAAUUGAUGAUUCCUUUGAAGCGCCUUGACUUGGACCGCUGGUAAUUACUGUUCAAAGAAAUAAAUGUUUGGAGGUCUGG